UUGUUAUUUAGUGGCUUUGUUCCUUUUUCAAUACCUGGUUCCUAUUAAUCACACAUUUCCUCUGUAAUAUUGCUGUAGAAUAAUACAUGCACGUCUGGCAAGCAAAAAACAAUUCUGUCCCAUUCAGCUUGGCAAAAGUUUACAGGGAUGGAUGCUGGAUCAUAUACUGGAAUCCCUACCUUUACUGACUAUAAUUAUACUGAUUAUGAAGAUGAUCAACUGUGCAACAAGUCAGCCAUUAUCAAGUUUGGAGCAGUCGUAACACCGGUUUUUUUGUGGAUCGUUACAUUACUGAGCCUUUUUGGCAACAGCCUUGUUUUGGUCAUUCUGAUGAAGUAUGAAAACCUCAGAUCGCUUACCAACAUCUUCAUCCUAAACCUGGCUCUGUCCGACUUACUGUUCACUUUCGGACUGCCCUUCUGGGCUUCGUACCACAUCCACGGCUGGACAUUUGGAGAGGUAGCCUGCCAGGCUGUAAUCUUUCUUUUCUAUACUGGGUUCUACAGCAGCAUCAUGUUCCUGACCAUAAUGACCAUUCAUCGUUACCUCGCCGUGGUCCACCCACUGUCGGACCUGGGCUCAAAGCGGCUGUGUUACGGUUCUGUCACAUCUUCCAUCGUCUGGAUUGUGAGUUGCUUAGCUGCGGUACCAGCUCUUGUGAUGCACAGAGUAAAUAAGUUAGAUGGCAAAAGCUAUUGUGAUUAUGCUGAUACAAAAUGGAAAAUAGGUGGAAUAUACCAACAAAAUAUUCUCUUCCUACUGGCACUGAGCGUGUUUACCUUCUGUUACGUUAAGAUACUCGGGACGUUACUCCGGUCAAGAUCACAUACGAGGUACAGAACAGUGAAACUCAUUUUUACGAUUGCAGUUCUGUUUUUCCUGGGGUGGGCCCCCUACAAUGUUCUAAUUUUUUUGAAAUCGCUAACGGAAAUGGGGACCGUUUGGCCCUUCGCGGAGUGCUCGGUUAGUAAAGGCAUUGAUUUUGCCUUUUACAUUUGCCGCCUCAUCGCCUUCUCGCACUGCUGCUUAAACCCCGUCUUUUACGUCUUUGUGGGAGUGAAGUUCAGGAGCCACCUGAAGAAGCUACUGAAGAAGCUUUGGUUCUGCCAGACCACUGUGCUAGACAUUCAGCAUCGCAGCAGCAGGGCUAUACUCUCCAACGGCGAGGAACUGUCUCUGUACUAGAGCAGUGCUUCUCAGUCCUGCUCCUGAAGUACCAUCUGCCUAAUAAUGGAAGUGGUAGGUUGUAAGCAGGGUGGGCUUGAGCAGGUGCUGCUCCAGGAGCAGGAUUGAGAAACACUACUAGAGUACAUUUAUUAGUCCAUGAGCGAAAGCCGAUGUGGAAAAAUGUAAAUUCGUUCACAAUAAUGUAGAUUUCCUAUAUUGCUCAUGGGAUAAUAAAUUCCUGUUAUACAUUUCGUCUGCAACACCCGUAUGUAUUAUAAACCAAAUUUUACAAUGACCUGCAUGUGUGCGUGGAGUUUGCGGGUUUCCUUUCGUAUAAAUCUCGCCCUCCAACCCGAAAUUGCCCCUAGUGCGUGCGUGUAUGUGUCCUGCGAUGGAUUAGAAUCACGUCCACGCUAUACCAUUUCCUUGUGCCCCCCUCCCAUAACCUAAUCCAGGAUAAAUCAAUAAAAAACAGAAUGUGAUUUAAAAUGAUAGAAUACCCCAGACAAACGCUGGUUUCUGAAAGACGGCCUCUGCAGUUCGGUUUCAGGAUGGGUUAAGGCACAGCAUGGUGACUGUCUCUGCUUCGCGCUGCAUCCUGAUCUAUUCAUCUGAGAGAUGUCGUUACCCGUUUUAUCCGAGACAUGUCGUUACCCGUUUUAUGUUUGCCUCCUCCUCACUGUUAUGAAUAAUGUCAGCUUUGAUAAAAUUUGAGUUUGUUUUGUCAUUUUGCAUACUUUCAUACAUGCAAUCAGUAACAGAUCAAUAGCUAUAUUUUUUUUCCUGCAUCAGCAUUUGCCCAAAAAGCAUUAUUUUGUUUAAAAUCUUGCUUGUUUUGGUUAAUAUAUUCUAUUAAGGCCUUAUAAAAAGACUGUUUUGGAUGACUUUGUAUAUUAUCGGUAAUAUGUAGCGGUAUAUGGUUGAUUUUGGUUUCCUGUCACUGUGUAAAAUUUGUGUUUGUGUGUGUGUGUGUGUGUGUGUGUGUGUGUGUGUGUGUGUGUGUGUGUGUGUGUGUGUGUUGGGGUGGGGGGUGGACUCAGAAGGUUCAAGGUGCCUCUGAUCUCAAACUUAGAGUUAUGGCUCGGUGAACAUGCAAAUGUAAAUAUGAAAAUGAAGUGCCAAAUAUAUAUAUAUAUAUUUUAAACUUUAACUCAACUUUCGCUUUCAUUGAAUUGCACAUCUGUCCGUGGGAAAUGAUGAUAUGAAAAAAUUCCUCCAGGAAUUGCACAGAGAUUGUGUUCAGUAACAAGUUAAUCAUCUGUUAAAUCAAUUGUAAAGAAUGAUACAUUUCCAUGUUUGGUUACUAUGUAUGUAUAUAUGGCAGACCAGUGUACUAUCUAUUAAAAUCAAGCUUCAGUCUGUA